UCACAUGUUUAUCCUAUUUUUCAUGUAUCUUCUUUUUCCAAAAUUAUCAAAUAUGUUAGAAGUAUAUAUUUCAAGUAUUGGCUCGUUCUUUAAUUCAAUCAAAGACGAAUAGAACAAGUAACUUACUCUCUUGUAUUUUGACAGGCGUAAUAGACAAAACUAAUAGAGGCACUAUAUUGAGAACAACCAUUGGGAGAAAAUAAGGAAAAGUGACAUCUGCCGAAUGUUGCUUUCAUACUUACAUUUUCAAGCUUAUUGGAGUGCUUGAUCCAAUGGGCAAAUGCCAUAAAAAAAAGUUGACCAGCCAACACCACUACUGGUUCAUAGUAUACACUUGUAUAUUAAAUAUAAUAUCAAUAUAAUCGAAUUUCUGUAAUUAAAUCUGGGUUACUUGUCUAGCUGAACAAUCACAUAUUUACGCUGAAGUCUUAAUUAGGCAGAAUUAAACCCCAAAACACAACUAUGUUUCUUCAAGAUUUAAGGAAAUUACAUAGUCCAACAGGUCAUAUAAGAUGCUGUAACAGUAUGUUUCAUAUAGCCAAUAGUUAACAUUUCUAGAAUUUAUAAUUCAAUAUUAAAUGUAUACCCAAUCACGUCACUAAUAUUAGCAAUUACAUGGAUGCAAAAUCCAGUAUACAGGAAAAAAAAUUCGCACUACUCAAUGUUGCGCCAACUGCAAACUACAAAGAUCUUGGCUACGUAAUAGGACAAGUUAGGUAUUGGUCACGCAUUGUCUUAAUUGUUAUGUGUGGUUUAUGCAAAUUACGCAAAUAGGGC